UGUCAGAGAAACCGUGAGGGAUUUCUGGUUGUGCUAUUUGUGAUAAGGACACAGAAUUGUUUACGGAGUUAAAGACGUUUGGAAAACAGGUAGCAGUGGCAUUGAAUUAAUACGUUGUGUAAGUGUGAAGCAUGUGCAAAUUGGAGCCGACUCAUGAGUGAAAUAUAAAAGCAGUGUGGGACCGGAUGUGAGCAGAAGACUAUUUCAUCUGCACAGGGACAAGCAUGGAGGCCAAGCUGACGGAACUCCGGCAGAAACUGGAGAGGCAGUGCCAAAUUAACCAGGAGCUGCAGAAUGAAAAUCAUGACCUGGCAACCAGGUUGAAAGAAAAGGAGAAACUCUUGGAGGAGCUCCAGAGUCGUUUGGAUGGGCUGGAUUUGUCUCAGAGAUACAGUAAUGACAGCGUGGAGGUUCGGGAGAGCCGAGCAGCAGUCAUGGCUCCAGAGCCGAUUCCAGAUGACAUGGACAUCUCGACCACUAGGGUCAAAAAGACUGCCAGUGAAAGAGCUCAGAUCAUUAAUGCAAUGCAGAAAAACGACUUCCUGCGUCGUCUUGAUGAGGAGCAGAUCAGCAUGAUGGUGGAGCUCCUUCUCUCUCUGGACCUCUGUCCUGGUGAUGAAAUCAUUAAAGAAGGCACAGAGGGUGACAGCAUGUACAUUGUUGCAGCUGGAGAACUUCGAGUUACUCAGGCAGGGCGUAAUCUGCGAACUCUGAUCUCUGGAGAUGUCUUUGGAGAGCUGGCCAUCUUGUACAACUGCAAACGAACAGCUUCGGUCAAAGCGGUCACUGCGGUUAAAUUAUGGUGCAUUGAGAGACAGAUAUACAGAAGUAUUAUGGCAAUCAAGUCCAAGAAGAAACGAGAGCAGCUGAUGGGCUUCUUAAAGACAGCUCGCACCUUCAAAUCUCUGAGUGAUGAACAGCUCUCCAGCAUCAUUGACUCCAUGGAGGAGGUGAAGUUUCAGGAGAAUGAGGUGAUCGUGCGUGAAGGUGCAGAGGGAGACACAUUUUACAUCAUCCUCAAUGGAGAGGUCGAGGUGACAAAGAAAGUGAACGGGCAGCAAAAACUCAUCCGUACGUUAAGACAAGGGGAUCAUUUCGGAGAACUGGCUCUUAUACGUGAGAUUUUGAGAACGGCAACCUGCACUGCUUUGGGAUCAGUCUCCUGCUUCACUAUCGAUAAGGAGGCUUUUGAGGAGACAAUCCCAGUAGAAAGCCUGGAGCUACAUGAUGAUCCAGAUCUUCAGGAAGACACCUCCAUUUCAAAAAAACAUAGCUCAGCAUAUUCUCUACAGCUGAAGGAUUUGAUCCCAGUCCUGUACCAGGAAGGACGUUACCAAGGAAGCCCCGUCACCCUUGGAGUCGGGGGGUUUGGACAAGUGGAACUGGUAACCACGCUGCAUCAUGGGAAAUACUUUGCCCUGAAAAAGAUCAGCAAAAAGCUCAUCAUACAAAAGAGGCAAGAAGAACAUGUUCUGUUCGAGAAGAAGCUAAUGCUGGACAUUGAGUGUGACUUCAUAGUCAGGCUUCAUGGAACGUUUAAAGACUCCCGCUACAUCUAUAUGAUCAUGGAUUUCUGCUCAGGGGGCGAGAUCUGGACCAAGCUAAAAGAAGUACGGCGUUUUGAAGAGAACAUAGCCGUGUUCGUCGCAGCAUGCGUGGUCGAGGCUUACGCCUACCUCCAUAAAAAAGACAUCAUGUACCGAGACCUGAAGCCAGAGAACCUCAUGCUGGACUCCAGGGGAUACAUCAAACUAGUGGAUUUUGGUUUUGCUAAGAAGCUCCGGCGAGGACAGAAGACAUACUCUUUCUGCGGAACUCCAGAGUACAUGGCUCCAGAGAUUAUUCAGAAUCACGGUCACGACUUCGCUGCUGAUUUCUGGUCUCUAGGUGUUCUGAUCUAUGAGCUUCUGGCCGGCAGCCCACCUUUUUCCAGCUCAGAGCCACAGAACAUCUAUGCUAAGAUACUGGAUGGAGUGAUAAAGUAUCCCUCACACAUAGGAGAGGCUGCCAGAUCUCUUAUUAGCAAACUCUGCAGACCACGUCCAGGUCAAAGGUUAGGAAACACCAAAAAUGGAAUCAAAGACAUCCGUAAUCACAGGUGGUUUAACAACAUGAACUGGCACAAACUGAGAAUGAAACAGAUCACUGCUCCUACAGUUAAACUCAUCAGAAAGGGUCCGUGCUACAUCAACUUUGACCGUUUCCCGUUCGAUAAGAGCCUGGCCGAGGAGGAUUUCUCCAAGUGGGAUCAAGAUUUCUAAGAGUUGUUGAGUUUAAGGGCCCUGCACACACUCUUCCUCUUAACAAGCAUCUGUGGACUUCUUUGGGCUGCGUGUUCUAUCACGUUUGUGGAAAAACAGAAAAUAAUUCAGUAUUAAGAAAAAGCUUGUAAUUCAGAGAAAGCUGUCUGGACCAUCUGCUUUGCUAGGACCUGUGUGGAGACCUUAAUCAAAGACACAUUAACAAGGUGUAGAGACUGAGAAUAUAUCACGCUUUGGGGUGGUUUUUUCUUUGUUUUGUUUGUGAGAGAAUUUGUUCAUUUUUAUUUUAACCCCAGAUACAAUUUUUUUGUAAAAAUUGCAAAAUUUGCUUACUUAAUUGUUUACUGAGAAAGAAAGAGAGACAUGUGACGAGCGCUAGAUGUAACCAACAUAUUCUCUAAACUCAACACAUACGACAUGUACAGCAUAUACGACAUUUCUCUAGUAAGUUACCAAAUUUGCUUGAUAGAAUUUUUUUGAAUCUGGUCAAAGGUUGUGUAUUUUUUUUAUAUAUUUUUCUAAAUAACAGAACUGAUCAGACAGUCGUUCCCAGACCCUCAUGAGGAUAUCAUGAUAUUGUGAUCAUGGAAAUGAACACAAAAUCAUGCAAAUUGAUCGUUUGCGCUUUUUCACAGAUGUGUUCAUUCAAAGCCAUCUUUGAUUCACGUGUGAUGCACAUGAGUACAUCUUUCACAGAAAGUAAUUACAUAUGUCUCUUUUCUGGAAGGGGUUUCACUGGAGAAGGCAACCAUUUUAGGCCACAAUAGCUCCAUGAAUGCCUCUGAGUUCCAGGCUGUAACAUGAACAAUACAUUUUUUUAUUACUGCACUAAUUAUUUCAAAGGAUAUGAUAUCCUUUUGUCGAAUAAUGUAGAAACUGAGGGGAGAAAACAGUAUAACAGGAGUAUAACAAAGGGAAAAAAAUUCAUUCAUAAAUGAUUGGGGAAAGUUUACUGUUAGGAAACGUUGGAAGGAGUCUCCGGUUUCAGCCGUGUGAAACAGGCUGUAGGUUUCUACCAUGUGACGGUCUUUUAAAUAAGGCUACAACAACAUGGUACAUUUUGUACCUUGGACUUGACAAUUAUGAAUAUAAACUCCCUGCAACAUUGACAGAAUGAUAUCUGUGCACACUCCAGAAGUGUUUGUCUAAUAAAUAGCAUGUAUCUUUAAAGGGCAUAAGAACUUGAUAAUGUUAUUUCUCCCUUAUGUCUACAUUACAACCUCAACCAAAUGUUUAUCAUUAAGUUUUCAUUCAUUCAUUUUCUACCGCUUAUCCCAACUUCUCGGGUCACGGGGAGCCUCAGACGUCAUCGGGCAUCAAGGCAGGAUACACCCUGGAUGGAGUGCCAACCCAUCACAGGGCACACACACACACUCUCAUUCACUCACACAAUCACACACUACAGACAAUUUUUCCAGUGAUGCCAAUCAACCUACCAUGCAUGUCUUUGGACCGGGGGAGGAAACCGCAGUACCCGGAGGAAACCCCGAGGCACGGGGAGAACAUGCAAACUCCACACACACAAGGUGGAGGUGGGAAUCGAACCCCCAACCCUGGAGGUGUGAGGUGAACGUGCUAAUCACUAAGCCACCGUGCCCCCCUCUUUACGUUUUUUUGUUUGUUUAUUUAAUUUUUUAUUUUUUAUUGUACAUACAAUACCUGAAUAAAUGAAACAUUUCCAGAA